AUGUGGUUAGCACUGAACGGCUCCCCCAAGCUGCGGGUGGUGCUUGGCCUUGGCGGCUUCGUAACAUCCAAGCUGUGCCGUGCUGUUUGUCGUGCAGUGCACUGGAGGCAGAGACAACAACGUCGAGCUCUCCCAAACCCCUACGCCUGGUCGACGUCCACCUUUAUCGUCGCCCAUUCGCUUCUAGCCGUCAUCUACAACCCGAAUCCGUCUUGA